AUGAAACUAUUUAUGAAAUAUUUCAAAUAUCUUAAUGUUUAUCACAUUUAUAAAGAAUUUUUUUAUCUUAAUCAACGAUAUAAAAGUUUAGUUGUUAAUAGAAAUUUUUCAAUUCAAAUAAAUAUCACAACAAUGUCAAAAUUAAAUUUUGAUAUUUAUCAUAAAAAUAUGAUUAAAUCAAAUAAAUAUCGAAUGAUUUAUGAUUAUAUUCAACUUGAAACAUUAAUUUUUGAUAAUAUUGAUACAAAAUAUCUUAAUAAUAUUCUCAAAUAUUUAAUUUAUUUACCAAAAUUAUAUUCAUUAAUUUUUAGUCUUAUUGAUUAUAUUCAAAAUCCAAGUAUUCUUUUUCAUCAUAUCGAAAUUAAAAUAUUGUAA